AUGCGUGUUUUUCGAUCCAUUAAAGCUUGGCUUCAGUUUCUUGCUCCUCAUGCUCCUGGUGACUGUAGUGGUAUCUUAGAUGCCCAAUUGCUUGUUAAAAUGGGGGUGACACCCUCAAGAGCCCAAAAAAGAAUCCGGUUAGUUUUGUGGCAUCCUCCUUUGUCUCCAUGGAUUAAGCUUAAUACUGAUGGUCUUGCUAAAGGGAAUCCCGGGCCGGCAACUUGUGGGGGUGUUUUUCGAGACUAUCAAGGUCAUUUCAUUGGCGGAUUUAGCACUCCCAUAGGACACCAUAAUGAUUUUUUCUCUGAGCUUUUGGCUGUUAUUAUUGGGAUAGAAUUGGCAUUUCAGCUCGGCUGGCAACAUGUUUGGCUUGAGUGUGACUCUACGAGUGUGGUUGAAUGCUUCUCUAAGUCGUCAUUUGUCCCUCCGUGGCAAUUACGCACAUUGUGGUAUAACUGUGUUGCUAGAACUCGUUCAAUGUCUUUCUUUUGUUCUCAUGUCCUUCGUGAAGGAAACAUUGUUGCCGAUAGACUCGUCAAUUUAGGUAUGUCCUCUUCAUCUUGGAUUUGGCAUGCUUCUCCUCCUGCUGAAAUUAUUCAUUUUCUUCGUAUGGAUUUCCUGGGAUUUCCUUACAUUCGUCAUGGUUAA